CAUGGCGGCAGGACGGAGACCUUGCAAUCUCUCCCUGGCCUACCCCAGUGCCAGCAACUCCAGAAUGUGGCAGCUCGGGAGCCUCUUACUGUUGGUGACCAUCUGGGGAACUUCCGGCACACCAGCUUCUCCUGACUCAGUGUUCGCCAGCAGCGAGCGCGCCCACCAGGUGCUACGGAUCCGCAAGCGAGCCAACACCUUCCUGGAGGAGCUCCGGGCCGGCAGCCUGGAGCGGGAGUGCCUGGAGGAGAUCUGUGACUUGGAGGAGGCCCAGGAGAUUUUCCAAAAUGUGGAAGACACACUGGCCUUCUGGGCCAAGUACACCGACGAGGACCAGUGCGCGGCCCCCCCGCCCGAGCACCUGUGCGACAGCCCGUGCUGCGGGCACGGCAAUUGCAUCGACGGCAUCAGGGCCUUCCGCUGCGACUGCGACCCGGGAUGGGAGGGCCGUUUCUGCCAGCACGGUGAGAGGGCCGGCCGCGAAGGUGGUGGUGGGGCCUGGCGUGGGAGGGGGUCUGGGCGCGCCGCGCCAACGUGCCCUCCCGGCGCCCCCUCCCCUGCCCGCCCAGAGGUGAGUUUCUCCAACUGCUCGCUGGACAACGGCGGCUGCGCGCAUUACUGCGUGGAGAAGGAGGGUGGGCGCCGCUGCCGCUGCGCUCCGGGCUACAGGCUGGAGGACGACCACCUGCAGUGCGAGCCCACGGUGAAGUUCCCCUGUGGGAGGCCAGGGAGGCGAAUGGUGAAGAAGUACAAGACGGUGAAACGCAGCACAAAUGAAACUAACCAGAUAGACCCAAGGCUCGUCAAUGGGAAGCUGUCGGUAUGGGGAGAGAGCCCCUGGCAGGUGAUCCUGCUGGACUCCAAGAAGAAGCUGGCAUGUGGGGCAGUGCUCAUCUACACCUCCUGGGUGCUGACAGCGGCACACUGCAUGGAGGACUCGAAGAAGCUCAUUGUCAGGCUCGGGGAGUAUGACCUGCGGCGCCGCGAGAAGUGGGAGGUGGAGCUGGAGAUCAAGGAGGUCUUCAUCCAUCCCAACUACAGCAAAGGCACGUCGGACAACGACAUCGCGCUGCUGCGCCUGUCGCAGCCCGCCAUGCUCUCCCAGACCAUCGUGCCCAUCUGCCUCCCGGACAGCGGCCUCGCGGAGCGCGAGCUCACCCGGGUGGGCCAGGAGACGGUGGUGACCGGCUGGGGCUACCGCAGCGAGAUCAAGAGAAACCGCACCUUCGUCCUCAACUUCAUCAAGAUCCCCGUGGUCCCUCAAAACGAGUGCAUCAAGGCCAUGCACAACAUGAUCUCUGAGAACAUGCUGUGCGCGGGCACCCUUGGGGACUCGCAGGACGCCUGCGAGGGCGACAGUGGGGGGCCUAUGGUUGUGUCCUUCCGCGGCACCUGGUUCCUGGUGGGCCUGGUGAGCUGGGGCGAGGGCUGCGGGCGCCUCCACAACUACGGCGUUUACACCAAAGUCAGCCGCUACCUUGACUGGAUCCACGGCCACAUUAGAGCUGAGGAGGCCUCCCUGGAGGCCCGGGUGCCUUAGCGUCCCUCAGGCUUGCGUCUGGAGCCCAGAGGCUGCUUGAGAAAUGGGGGCUGCAUUGCCGAAGGGGAACAUUUGAGACAUUAAAGGGGACAUGUAACAAGCACAUCAGCCACA